GCAACUGAACUGUUCUCGCCGGGGCGGUUCAUACGGGGCUGGGCGUGGGCUCUAACAGUCUCCUCUCCCUAUUCGAAGCACAUUGUUCGCCGUGUGCUAACCUCGGGUACAACACUGAACGAAUGCUUUGAGAAAUUUAACUUAAAAAUAACAAUGUCUGGAAUAGCAACAUACAUUUCUGUUGUCGAAAACUGUUGAGACAUUCGUUGAGGAAACACCAUUUGGAUUUCUAUGCUUGGAACGCCCAGAAGAUACUGAGUUGAAACAUUGUUUCCAGUAUACCACCUCGUCCUCUUGAUAAUUAGAGUAGAGCUCUGAUUAUUAAGUGUGCGUGUGGGGAGCAGUGAGGAUGACGGAGUACAAGUUGGUAGUGGUGGGGGCUGGAGGUGUGGGGAAGAGUGCACUCACCAUCCAGCUUAUCCAGAACCACUUUGUGGAUGAAUACGACCCCACCAUAGAGGACUCGUACAGGAAGCAGGUGGUGAUUGACGGGGAGACGUGUCUGCUGGACAUCCUGGACACUGCAGGUCAGGAGGAGUACAGCGCCAUGAGGGACCAGUACAUGAGGACAGGGGAGGGCUUCCUCUGUGUCUUCGCCAUCAACAACACCAAGUCCUUCGAGGACAUCCACCAGUACAGGGAACAGAUCAAGCGUGUGAAGGACUCUGAUGACGUACCCAUGGUGCUAGUGGGUAAUAAAUGUGACCUCCCGGCACGUACUGUGGACACGCGGCAAGCACAGGAACUGGCCCGCAGCUAUGGAAUUCCCUACAUCGAGACCUCGGCCAAGACACGACAGGGGGUAGAGGAUGCCUUCUACACACUAGUCAGAGAGAUCAGGCAGCACAAGCUGAGGAAGCUCAACCCUCCUGACGAGAGUGGACAGGACUGCAUGAGCUGCCGAUGUGUGGUGUCAUGAUGGAGCUCACCAGUUCGGGGUGAGGGGUGGACCUAUGGCGCGUAGUGGCAGCAUGGACUUGAAGACUGACGGUGGAGGCUGAAACGACAACAACAAACUUUGAAACUAAAGAUGACGGUCCAAGAAAGGCAGAGCAAGCAGAUGCAUCACCAGGCUGUCUGUGUACCAUAGACAUUGGGGAGAGGAGUGCCUUGCCCCUGCCAGGCCAGGCUGUGCCAUGCUAGUCUAGACUAGGCUGUCUGUCUGUCCCCUCUUUGAGUCCAUGUCUGCCAGAGCAACACCACUAAUGACUGUUUUUCUCCAGUGUGAUCAUGCUGAGCAUCUCCAAUGAGUUCCUGCGAAGUUAUUGUUUUAGUCUCAACACUGGUCUUAAAGAGGGGUGCCACCAACCCCUGGUGAUUCCUCCCACCUCCUCCUCACACCUCAAAACCCAGAUUUUACAUUAGACCCCCUGAAAAGAGUAGACAGUAGUAGCCUAUAUCCCCAUGCCUAAUUAACCUCCCCCAGCCUCCUUGUUCCUCUCUAGAGGGGCUCUGCAGAAAUCUCAUUAUUAUGGAUACAGGUAGGGGACAGAGCAUGAUACAAGAUACACCACAUAGGAAUGGUGCCUUUUUUUAACAGUUAGUCUAACCGUCAAACCUACCUUUAUUUUCUUCUUAAAACACAUUGUUUUUGAUAUGUGACUUUUUGUGAUUGAAGGUUUUGAAGGUGAUCAUACUCAGCGCUGUAAAGUAAGUCAGGAUGUUUAUUUUGUGUGAUGGGAGGUUGCCAUUUUAAGACCUGUCGCCGUGAGGAAGUCCUUAUUUUGGGUCCUUAUGUUGAGAGGAUCAAACAUAUGGAUGGACUCAUUUUCCCAGAUUGCCAUUGCCUUCCCCCUCGCAGACUUGUGUGUGUGCGUGCGUGUGUGUUUGCUAAAGGGUUCUCUUUGUGGAGUAAUAUAGUACUAGAUAGUGUCGGUUCCGGUGCGAUAGAAAUGUUUACUGUCUGACUAGGUUUAGGGAUUGGGAAUAAACCAUCUCUCAUGCCUAUUGAUUAUUUGCUUGUAUUUCUUGGGUGGAGAAGUGAGUGGUACAUGAGUGAUGUUUUACUUGCUGUUGCCUUCAAGGUUGGGCUGUAUUGUGGUGGGAAGGAUGGGAGACUAACAUCAUUGCUUGGUCCAUGCAGUGCCAUUAUUUAUCAUGGAAUGGUUAUGCAGUGAAAGAUUCUUGCACAGAUUUUCAAGGAAGUGGAAUAAAAUACGCUUUGAGUUUGAUUAAGUGGUAUUAUAAGACACCGGUGGCAUUAAUUUCUUUCAAGUUCCUUUGCUUAGAUAACUUUAUGGUGUUUAGUAUACUUUGACAGUUCUAGAUAGCAGGUAUCAGUCUUCACUGUGUUUUUAUUAAGGCUCAGGAAAUAGGAAUGUCCGGAAAUGUCUCGCCUUUUGAUCCUGGAACAUAAGAUAGAACGCCAGAAUUUCAACUUCACAGAUUGUAAUGCACAAGACCUGCCUUAAAUGACUGGUAAUAUGUGGGAUAAAACUGUUGUUGUUUGGCCACAGAGAAAAUAACCUUCUCUCAUUCUACUCACUACUGCCUCCUCAGAUAGAUCUUUGGUUCCCUGAGAAGAUAAUUUGAUUUAAGCUAGUCAUGUCUGAGCCAACUUCAAUUGAAAGAAAAGUCAGUGGAAAACAUUCUUCAUUUUGGGGGUUCUCUUGUGAUAUUUAUCAAUAUUGAAUGGUGUAGGUAGGCCUACUAGCUUUUGUGUUCUCUACAACACUAACAGCAGCAUUGGGCUGCCAAUACAAAUGAACACUGCUUGGUCCUGUUUAAAUUGCCUUAUUUGUUAGCUUGUACUUCAUGCCUUGUACAUGUUAUAGCAGUAUGUUUUCCGGAAGCAGGUGUUUCUGUGAUGGUCUGUGUCUGCUUUCCUCUGUGGAUAACUGUCGUUGUGAAUGACUGGUGACGAUUGGAGAUUGUUUGUGCUCCUUCUUUCCCUCCACAGACAUGAGGAAAACAAACUCUGAAACACUCCAACCAGAUGUGAUUCUGUACCGCAUGCCCUGUCUGAGUAGUUAAUGAUUGUUUGUGUUUUAGUCCAAACCAAGUAUGUUUUAUGACUCCAAUCUUAAUUCAUUAAGUGUUCGUUCUUUUUUUACCAUAAAAGGGCCACUUUCUUUUUAUUUCCCCCUCCUGUUUUUGAAGGUACUUACCCCCAGUUCAGCCACAGUGACCCAGUAGUACAUUGUGGUGCCUCAUUAGACCUCCGUCAAAUCCAAGUCAACACACCUUGACCUCUUGCCUAGAAGAUAGACCUUAACGUUGGAAAAAAAUAUUUUUAUUUUGUUGCUAGAAAUGCUUAAUUUCACUCGGACCUUUUGCUGCUAUCAUACAUGUGAGUGGUGUUCCUUAGUAUAUGUACAGUACGUGCUCUUGUAUGUGGUUUUCCAGGAGCUGCCCUCCCUUUAAUCUCUCCCUCUCCAACAAACACUCUGCUGAAUUACCCCCCAUCUUGCCUGGACACAAUAACACCUGUUGGCAUAUAAGGGCUUUUUGACCUGCACCCUCUACCAUGAGAGGGCCCUGCAGUCAGACAAGACUCCCCCGGAUCCUGUCACCUUUCCUGGGUUGCUACCCUUCAUAUGACCCCUUGGAUCCAGGGGAUGGACAAACUGUCAUUGAGGGGGGGCUGUGAUUGAAGGAUGAAGACACUGCACACAGGCUUGGUACCAUAACCUCAGACAACAGCUACUACACUUAUUCUGGCUCUGUUUGGAUAGAACACCUCCACUGCGUUGUGUGGACCACAGAUUACAUUCUGGAGCUCUGAGGGAUUCCGAGACUGGGACAAUGUUGGUCUUGUAUGGGUUUAUUCUCAAUCAAUUUAUUGUUUGUUUUUUUGGGUCAAACUGAUCAAACUGUGAAAAAAGGUGCAUUGUAACAGAAAAUAUAGUUUGUUCUAUUAAUAUAGGGCACUCCAUAACCGUAUAAAGUAAAUAUAUUCCGUACCUUGAAAAAUAUAUAACCAAUCUUAAAUAAACGUGGAUCUUUGUCCCCAUAGUGAUCUACUGGGUAACGGUAAACAAAUCACACAUGAUAUCUAACUUGUAUCAGGUGGACCUCUGGUGAUAGACAUGUACUGUACAGUUGUCUGAACUAUAGUUGGCAGUUAUUAUUUUCUAUUUACCAUUUCCCUUGUCUGUCUGUACUAUAUUGUACACUGACUGACGGGCAGUGAUGGACACACAUCUAAAGGUAAACUCUUACAAACUGGACAUCAGUUGUCAUCAAGAGGAAUACAAGACCAGCAGGCCACUGGUAAUCAUGUCUGAAUGGAGGGGAGUCUUUCGGGGACAAAAACAUGGACAUUGGGGGGGUUUUGCCCAAGUACUGAAAUCACAUAAAGGGCUUGCUUCUCCCUUGUAAAACUGUAGUUUGAACAAGCGAGAGAGGACAUGGGUUUGGAAGUUUGAUUGUGAAAAGAUCAACUGUUUGAACUAUUUAAGAUGUAUUUACUCUAACGAAAUAGCAAAUGUACAGCAGGGCAGGAAUAAAGAUGUCAAGAUAAACUCA